AUGCCAACUGUCAAACAAAUGCACACUAAUCUUCAGUCAUUAAUCAAUAAACUGACCCAGGAUGUGAAUUCAUAUUUGGAACAGGAGAAAGCCGGAAUUUUUAGUGCAAUUGGAAGAGAUGAUAACUCGACUGGUUCGGCGUACGCAUGGUGGCCAAAGUUCAUUCAAAUGCUUUGCGAUUUAACAUACCCGAAUAUGAUCAAUCAUUUUUUUCGUGGUGGAGUUGGAGAGUUGUUUUCUUCGUCUGGUUUUCUCGAGCGGUUAUAUCGGGUCUGCGUGGAAGGAGCAUCAGUCUGCACGUUAAAAAUAUCUGGCUUGAAUGAAAUGCAAGAGGAAUUAUUUACUAUGUUCGAGAAUGAGCGAGAGAAGCAGUUGGAACAUGAUGUGCAAAUGCUGCAAGAACAACAGGAACAUCAGCAGCAACAUCAAGCACAACUACAGCGGCGUACCGGUUUGUUGUAUGAUGAGUCGGUGGUGGACGAACGACGGGAAAAAACGGAGAAAAGCGAUUCGGGGUGUGGGAGGGUUGGCAGUAGUAGCUGGUGUACGGCACUUCGAUGGAAAGAAAACGACAAUGUAAAAGAAGAACCAGAAGAGGAAUGA